AUGGACAUCUUCACUUCCGGAUUCGAGGAGCCCGUGCCUCCAGUGAUUAAGUCCACUUACAAUACCAGUUUCAUCCAGCACAAAUGGAACUCGAAUCUCUCCCACAUAACAUCCGGUUACAUCUACAACCUCCCCGAUCAGGCUAAAGUCAUCGCCACCGAAGCCUACGCUGGCAACCUCGCUACUUCCACAUUCAACUAUGCAAACAUCUCACAAGAUGGGUUAGUUGACAACGCAGUCAUCUAUAUCCCGAUCGACGGCGACGAUACCAACCGUGAGAUGUUUCGCGAUUACGUUAACCCGGGGUUUCCUUUGAUCAAGGAUGAUUUUUUGGUUUCGAAUGGUGCUGCGUUUGGGGGGUUGGUGAGCAGGGAGCUUUUGCCAGGGAAGGUUGCUACUUGGAAUAUCAUAUACCAGAACGCUAUUCCGGUGACUGUCUACGUCGACAAUUGUAAUGUCGUUGUUGGGUAUGACUUUUUCUCCCCGAAUGAGAGGACUUAUGUGAUAACCAUGUACUUCAACACCGAGACUUCUUAG